AUGAGUACGAAGAAGGCAACCCGCGCGGCAGGCAGGCUGCUCCCACCCCACACUCGUGAGCGCGGAGUUGAAUGGACCGGCAGAGGCAGCGCCCCCACUGACUGCGCCGCGCCGCGUUGGGCUCGCCAGAGAUCGAUUAUCGCGGCGUGUCGCGGCGUGCCGCCCACGCAGCCAGCCGGCAGUGCGCGGCACGGCGGCAGCCUAGCCGUCCCGUCCCGUGCCUUGCCUUCCACCGGCCGCUGCGCGUCUCGCGCCCUCCUCCGCCAGGUGCAGAAGGCAGUUAUACUGAAUACGUGCUUGAUGCCGAGAAAAAAAGCUGUUUAUGGAGAAAAGUGA